AUGACACGAGAAGAGGAGGCCAGAGGGGCACUGGGGUUGGGUGCAGGGGUACAGGGAGGGAACAGGUCUGGUGGCUGCCGGGGUAAGGUGGGGGGUACGAGGGCACCAGAAGGGCGUAGAAAGAAAAGCAGAGAAUACAGUCAUUACCCACCCAGGGCUAUUCCUCUCUGGCCCAUUAGCUGCUGGCGGCCGUGACCAAUUGGGUUUUGUCGCUGCUAGCAGGGUCAUCCAGUGGUGGUCUGGGCCUUUUCUAUAAUGGACGCUCACUCAGCCGUCCUCACACAAAACCUUUAAGAGGAAAAGAAAAUUCUCUCCCUGACUCUCUCUCUCUCUCCUCUGCCUCGCCGUUUAAAAAGACCCAGUCAGGCAAGAAAGAGAAAGAGUGAAAAGUGAUCAUGAAAAGAGAUUUGUUGCGAUGUGAGGCGCGCGGGGAAGUGAUCGUUUAGCCACACGUGGGGUGAAGGGGACUCCAUGGCGGUGGGUCUUGUUAACCCUCUUGACUCGUAUGCCAGAAAAAGAAAAAAAACCAAAUCAAAUCACUGCGAGCCUCAGAGUCUGAGGAUGUGGAUUCUUGUGAGAAAGAGCUCACAACUUCACAACUGGCCCGGCGUGUGUAAUUUUCAAAGUGGAAAGGAGGAAUUUGAAUGGGCCAUGGCAGAUUAUCCGGCGUGUAUGAACACUGAUCCCUGAACUCAGAUGGUUAAAAUGGUGCCGCUGGAACAGCAGAGGGGUCUCUCUGUGUUUACGGUUUGAUUUCAUGUGGUGGAUCAGCUGAAAACAGGUGUGAGGGAGGUGAUAAAGACGGGGUCUGAGAAGAAACAUGCGAUUAAUCAGAUUCCCAGUGUGACAACAAGCUCUCUCUGUAACUCCUCCAUCUCAGUCUGAUCCAUAAAAGUGUCAAAUCUGGCUCGAAAGUGGUCUUAGUAUAACCUUUUAGUCUUUUAGUGAAAAAUACACGAUAUAUAAAAAUUCCAACAUUUGAGAGGGGGGAGUUAUGUUUUUUAUUUGUUCUGCUCAUGGCCAUUUUUAAGCAUUUCCAUACAUAUUUACCUGCCCCUCACUCAAAACAGAAAUAAACAAUUACAUAAGAUGGUCUGUCCACUUCAGGUUAUGUUCCUAUAACUUUACAAACAAUAUUACAACCACAUCAAAAUCGUCAAAACACUACUCGUCAGCUUCAUGUUUUGUUCUUCCACUUUCUUUAUAUUUUGUUUGAAACUGAAAUAUGUUUGUGCAGCCUUUUAAAUUAUUCUGUAUGGAGUUCCACAUUUUAACCCCAACCACAGAAAUACACAUCCGUCUCAAUUUUGUCCAGAGUCAAAACAAAUAAAACAAAUUUUAGUCAAAAUUUACUCUAACAAAACCUCAUCUGAAUGAUUCGUUGCGCCUCCAGCAGGGGUUAAAAAAUAAAAAAACAAAUUAAGACAUUAAGAAGUUUUCAGUUUCGAUGCUGAGAUUUCUAAUGUUGUCAUUUUGUGCACAUAAAUGCAUACUCCAUCCAGUACGAGUCGUGCACGUUUGUCUGUGUGUGGGUGUGUUUUUUUUUUUUUUUUUGUCCAGUCCAAAGCUGAAUAAAAGGCCAGUUAGCCACCUAGCGGGCUGCUAAUUCUCCAUGUCAAAUACAAUGGCUGCAAUUAUAUGGUAAUCAGUGUUGGUGGCUCAUACCUUUCUGCUGCUUUCUGGGAGUGUGUGUCUGGCCAAGCUGCUCCUCAGGGAGACGGUUAGUCACGGCUUAUUAUUGACCCAUUAGACACCCGUCCCACUCGCCAGAAAGAAACCAGUCGCAGGCUCGCAGGCCGCGCUGCAUUCACUGAACAACAAUAACGAGAGGAGGACUGGAGAUGAAGUUAAUCAUUUUGUUAUCUGUGGACGGGCUGAAUGUAAUCAUUGCUGCCAAAUUGUGAUUAAGAUUGUUAUCUUUGAUAGACCUGAACAGAGGUUUGGCCUGUUUUACAUCAUAAAUAACCACUUAACUUGGAGUAGCUGAGUGUGUCAGACAUUUACACAUCAUUUUAUUUGUGUUUAUGAUGAGAUUUUUUAAUUUAAGUGCACCAAAACUUCAGAAAUUACGUAUUUAACACUACUUUCUGACAGUUUUGUGACUUAUUAGAAGCUGCAUCCUUUAUUUGUAGAAAAUAAAUAAAACUCAACAACUGUCAAGUGUAAAUAAAUCUAAUUUCUACAAUUAUCCAUUUUGUAAUCUUACUUUUCUAAAUGCACGCUGCAAAUGCGAAGUUAAAUUCUGCCGAAGAGACCGUCUCUUUUCUCCAAAUGCAUCAGGAGUGUCCAGAUUUAUCUCACGCACAUCACUUAUUUCUGUUUAUUCUUAAAAGUAGUGCAUUUAUUUCCAGUUUAAUAGAUUACAAUGUGAAGUAUGUUUCCAACGUGACACAAGCCUGUGGAGAUAUUCUCUUUCAGAUCAUCUCCUCCUCUUUGUCGCUUCUUCUCUUCGUCAUAUAAUCGACAAAUGUGUUUUUGUGAUAUAAUCCCCCAGAUCUGUCAACUCUGAAGCUUGCCCUCUGCUCCUCGCUCCCUCCGUAGCCCCCCGACCGCCCCGCAACACACCCACACAGACCCCUCUGCCACCUCCUCUCCCGUCCCCACCCCUGCAAAGCAAAGCUCUCUUUGUUAACCUAAUGUGCUUUUACCAGUUGCUUUCUGCCAGCGAGACAUCUGCUGUGUGCAACCAGUCAAUAUUGUGAGGACAGUUCAAAGCGGCCAGUUCAUUAUCUGUGUCAGCUUAACAACCCAAAGGUAGCGGUCUAAGGGACACAAGGGGGAAGAGGGGGAGGAGGACGGGGGGAGAUGGAGGAGGAGAGGAGAGGGGGGGACACAAUGUGAGGGGAUACAAUAGACUCCUCAUUAACCAGUGAUUUAUCAUGAUAGGAUGCCCAGUUCAACCUUUGCCCCCCUACACACACACACACACACACACACACACACACACACACACACACACACACACACACACACACACACACACACACACACACACACACAGUGACACACACACCUCUGAAAACGAUCCUAUUGUUGGACAAAGUUGAGAAAAACUGUGAAAGUGGAGCUGGAAGUCAGACGGAAUAGUUAAAAAGUCACAUGAAAAGUGAAAGUGAAAGAAAAUCCUGCGUUGGUGAAGUGUGUCCUUUUUGAGAGUGCAGGAAUAAAGGAAGGCGAGGGUGGACACACUCAAACUUCAGUGCUUUUUCAGCUUUUUUAUAGUCAAACUUGUUAAAAAGAAGCUGGUAUCUUCUCUUGUGGUUAUUGUAACGUUUGCCGCUUUGAUUUAACUUUGCUGCCCUUUUAAAGCGUUUCACUUUGUUUUUGACCUUGCAUCUUCCCCUCUUAAGAGCCAGCGGCCUCAAAAAUCAACUUGAUUAAACAUUACACACAAUCAGAUUUGGCACCGUAAAAAUGAGCCCUCCCCUUUCCUGAGCCGGGCUUUAUGAAAGUCAAAUCUCCAGGUCAUGAUGAUAUCAUACAUGUCAGAAAGCCUCUAAAGAUGCUCCAUGCAUGCAUAUGCAGAGAGAUCAUAGUCCGUCCUCGGCCGCUCGGCCCUCACAAAGGAGGAGCCUCCUCCUGCACAUAAAGGCUGUAUAAUGAGCGUUUAAUGUAUGGCUUCUCAAAAUGCAACAGAGAAGAGAAUAUUCAACGUGGCCCAUGUGGUGGUUUUGUAAAGCUGCUGCACCGAGGAACACUCCCCUUUUCACUUUUCCGUCCUUUCCACGCAAACCCCCCCUUUUCUCCUCUUCCAUCUCUCCCUCCCCUUUCUGAAUCCAUUUGCCUAAAUCAAUCUCACAGGAGGCGGUCGUGGAUAAUGUACCAGCCAGGGUUUGUAAACCGUUUUGUUAACAAUGCAUUUUUGAAAAGAAAAGAAAAGAGGAGGAGAGAUAAAGCGAGACAGAGAGAGGGAGAGAAGAAGAGAAAGAGGGAGAGAGAGAGAGAGAGAGAAACGGGGCAGAAGGGUGCUGAAAGAGGAACAGUUGGGUGGGUGUGGUGUGCGGCGCUGUUUGGGACAGGCCCUGUCGACUGGUGACACCCCUGUCCCAUCUCCUCCUCCUUCAGCUAAAGCCCGCAUCCGCCCAAUUCGGUCCAGUCCUCGCUUUAGUCACACCACCUGCCUUCACCAUUCUUCACCAUACACCCACCCGUCCACUGACAGCACCAACAGACGGUGUAAACCCCCAUAA